GAAUAAUCACUGGUCUCACAACAAACAAAAAGACUUUGAGAACGAAAAUUGUUACGUUGAUGAUGUUUUCAAUAUUGUUGGAAUGUGAGAAAUUUUAUCUUUAGCUCGUCUAAGCCAUCAGUUCUUAUAUUUAAUGUGCUUUUCAACAACGGUUGUUAUUCUUAAGUAGAAAUGCCUGUUUCAAGAAAUUCUUACGUUCGUUUGGACUCAGCAUCAAAAUAUGUCACUGAAGAUACGAAUAUGUUUGAUACGCAGUCUUUAAACGGGGGCGAAGAGAACCACAGACUAGAUGGCUUUACAGUCGACUUUCCUGGUCCUAAACCAAGUGUGUAUUCCUUGCUGAGACCGACUCUCUCUAAAAUGACUCUGACAUUAAUUAAUUUUUUCAAUGUUGGUUUGAAAAAUGCGUUUGGAAGGUGGAAGGUAGCUCUUUUUCUUUUAAUUUCUUAUCUUGUGUUGGUCGUGGCUUUGUUUUUGGUAUCUUUAUCUGGAAAGUACCGCGGAUUUCGUUUAGAUAUAUCCAUUAAUUCAUUUAUGGUGCCCGAUAUAAAAGUGUCGAACGAAUACGCCUCCUUUAGUGCAGCAAAAGCAAAAAUAAAGCGACCUUCCAAGAAGGAUUUUCAGUCGUUGUUACAAGGUGAAUCCUGUAUUACUAAUGAUUUACCUAAGAAAAAGAGUCGAUCAAAGAGAAGUUCAUAUGCAGCAAAUGUGGCACAACUUUCCAAAAAAUACCCUUAUCAACGAAAGCUUUCUGGCACGUUAAAUCUUGUUUAUAAAGCCAAAGGUACAGGCAACAUUUUCACUGAACAGAAUUUAAUGCGAAUUCACAAAAUUGAAAAAACGUUAAUGGAACACAAGUCGUACAAGAAACACUGCUAUAAAUCAGACCUCUCGCUUAAAGACGAAUCAUUAAGGAAGUACGGCAACUGUACACCGCCAAAUUCAUUGACUCUAUUCUUUUUUGCUCGAGAUAAAGUAUUUGAUGGUCAAAACGACAAAAUGCAGCGUCCUAUUGAAGAAACGCUGACAUAUUUGAAAUCUAAAAGCUAUUUCUAUUUCUACGUUGAUUCGAAUUUCAGACGUACAGGAAAGAGUAACAUAUUGAGAGCACAGAUUUUAUUUGGACAGCCAGUCAAAGGAAUAAAAGAUCAGAAAAAAGAAUACAAACGUUUUCUAACUACGUAUGAGGGCUUAUUGGAGAACCUAAACAAUAACAACGAGGUGUCUGUUCUCUAUGGUGGUGGUGAUUUAUUUGAUCAUCUUGUGAAAAAAGCAUUGUUUUCAGAUCUUCGACUGGCUCUCAUUAGCCUUAUACUGAUUUUUUUUUUGCUGUUAAUCUUGCUCUUUUCACUUAUUUUGACCAUAAUGGCUAUCAUAACAAUCCUUGCCAGUGUUGCAUUGGCCUAUUUUGUAUACCAUGUUGUAUUUGGUGUACAAUACAUUGGGAUAUUAAAUGGUGUUUCAUUAUUUGUCAUCAUUGGUAUUGGUGUUGAUGAUAUAUUCGUGUUUGUCAAUACAUUUCGUCAGGCACAAGACAACGAGGAUGUUAAGAGCAGAAUUGCUCACACCAUUUAUGUUGCUGGAAAGGCAACAUUUUUUACAUCAUUUACAACUGCUGUUGCCUUUGGUGCAAAUGUACUAUCACCGAUCCCUGCUAUUCAUGAUUUUGGUUUGUUUAUGGCUAUUCUUGUUACAACUUGUUGGUUGAGCGUAGUGUUCAUAAUUUCACCGACCCUUACCCUAUGGCAUGCUGGAAUUAGAUCAAUUGAAUUGUCUAUAUGGAGAAGUUGUUUGCGGGCAAUUGGUGUUACAAGAAAUGAGAGAUUAAGAUUGCCAGAUGGUAUCCGUGACUUUCUCUCUGGAAGAAAUGAUAAUGAAUUUCCACAGCAAUUGGAAUUGGAAAGUUUUCGAAUGCCUAUCAAUGAUGAUAAUGAUAAUUUUGAAGUAGAUGAUGAUGAUGUUCCAUUGCUUAGUCUUGAAAUGGAGAAUACUCCAGAUACCACAGAUACCACAGAUAACCAAGAUGUCACAGAUUCUUCUUACAACAAUACAGAUCACAUUGGCUUCCGCCUGCAGGGUCUUGUAUAUCAUUUUAUUUCAGUCCCUGUAACCAAUGGUCGUUAUGCCAUUAUGAUGAUUUUUGUCUCCAUUUUAAUUGCCUCUUUUGUUCUUACUAGCAAGCUUAAGAUAUCGAAAGAACAACCAAAAUUUUUCAAAAAAGACAGUAACUUGCAGAGGUGGUUGGACCUACCUGAAGUUUCACUGAAAGCAAGCACUCUUAUCAAUGAUAUCGAGAAUUUAAAUCCUCUAAACAUUCCAACAAAAUUUCCUAAGACGGAAAUCACAAAACCUCAUGACGUUAUAACUGAACAAAGAACAACCAAUACACCUUGGACGCGUUCAACUUCUAAAAUAUCUAAGCGUACAAAUGUUCCCACACCUAACCGAAGAACCUCUACUUUACAUGAUCGUCGUACAAGCUCUACUACAUCUAAGCCUAAAAAGUCCACCUUACCUGACCGUGAAAUCUCCACCACAACUAAUCAUAAAACCUCUACCAGCACAUUUGACCAUACAACCUCUACCACCAAAUCUGACCAUACAACCUCUGCCACCAAAUCUGACCAUACAACAUCUACUACACCAGAACGCCCAACUAUUUCAACGGCAUCAUCGCUGGCAAGUUCACAGUCUGAGCAGACAACUCGUUCAUCUGACUUGACAACUCAUAAAAAGGCCAUCACAGCAACAACGAUAUCUGCUACAGUAAAUAAUCGCAAGCCAUCUAAGGGAGCAUCGUGGUCUAACACUACAUAUAAUCCUUCAAAUUAUGCACCAACCACUGGAAGCAAAAUAACUGUAAAAACUGGUUGUCCUUUGAAAUGCAUUAUGGGUGAAUGUAUUAAUGAAACAGGACAAUGUAAAUGUCAUCAUUCAUACUCUGGUCCGUCCUGCUCCAGAUACUGUCCAAUAAAGACGGUGGACGGAGAUUGUUGUUAUAUUCCUUUCAAAUACGAAAGAGAGGAACGUCUGGGUUGUGUUUUGGAGGAUAGCAAACCGUGGUGUUCGGUUAAGGACACUUACACCAAAGAAAAUAGAAAAAUGUGCAAUCUAACUGUUGAAGGUAGCUGUCUCUUUCAGACUCAAACACCAAACAAAACUUGUUGCAAUUUUCCAUUCGUUUACAAAAACAUCGAACAUUAUAGUUGCAUUAAAUUGGGCGAGAAGUCUGGUACCUACUGUGGUACCCAACGUCAUGCUAAGAAACUUGAAAAAUGCAUCAUUCCAUCGACGACUGUUUCGCCUCUUUGUUCCACUGGUUGUAAAACAGUUGCACCCCCGCCCGAUGAAACGUUUGCUUUUGUCUAUAUUGUUUUUGGUAUUAAAAGAAUUGACAAGUCUUCCAUUGAUCGAAGACAUGUUUUAGAGAACAACGAGGGCCAAAUUUUAUACGACAAAAACUUUUUACGUGAAGUCAAUUGCGAUACUAAACGUGUGCUGAAGGCUGCCUGUAUAAUUUGCAAGAAGUUUAACGAAAAUAGUCAUCUUGUGAAAAGUGGAGGGUCCCAGUGCUUUCCAUCAAGCAUUCAACCAUUUUUAGGAAAAAUAGCUGACGAAUGUGAAAAUCUUCCUCAGUCGACUUCGUCGAAACUCAAAAGUUAUGUUAUGUUUGAAAAGAAUGACCAAGGUCUUCGUCAGUUGAAAUGGAUGGCAAUGGCCUUUAUAUCUACGACAUCAAAGACAUCCAGCUUCAAGUCUCAACACGAAGAUUACAAUAAAUGGAAGAAACAGCUUGAAGACGUUUUACAUGAUGCUCCCGAGUCUUUGAAGAGAGGCUUUAUAGCCAGCGAGACGUGGGUGAAGAUGUUCAGCGGUAUUAUUGUGCUUGAUAGUGCCAUAUAUGGUAUUGCUACGUCAUUGGUGUUAUGUGUAGCUGCUGUACUAAUCUUUACUGGACACAUCAUUUUCUUUCUCGUCCUAACAAUUACAAUUACCGCUGUUCUAUCAACUGUAAUGGCAAUAUUUUAUUUGACCGGUUGGCAAAUUGGCGGUGUUGAAGCUAUAUCCCUCUCUAUCCUAGUUGGUACCUCUGUUGAUUAUUGUUUCCAUCUUGUUGAAGGGUAUAUACUUGCUGGAAAAGCUGUUAACCCAUCUCUAUCGAACAAGAAUGCACGUCAAUGGAGGGCAAGAGCAGCUUUAUCACACAUUGGUAUGUCAAUCAUCAGCUCGGCGAUCACUACAAUUCUUGCAGCGGUACCUUUAUGUUUUACUCAAAUACAACUUUUUGCAAAGUUUGGUCUCAUUGUGACAAUUAACACAGCGAUAUCCCUAUUUUACACCAUUACACUAACUAUGGCUCUUUUGAGUGUUUUUGGUCCAUCAAGAUUCCGAGCCAAUUUUAAGGCUUCCUUAGUAGGUUUAUGGGUGUUGCUGCUGUUGUUCGGUAUUUUUGUUUUGGUCAUUUUUGUAGGAUGCAAGAAAGAUUACUUUUGUAUUCCAAAACCAGAUGGUUCUCUUUGGUUUCAUUGAUUUUCCCCAUAAAUAUGUAACCGUCAUAACAUAAAUUUUUCACGUCAUUAUCUUAACGAUUUUCCUACCUAUACUAUCAAUUGUAGGCAUAUUUUGAAAUGUAGCAGCAAUCUAGGUUUUUUAUAUUACUAUUUUUCAUUGCAUUUCCCUGAAAUGUUGUGUACAUAGAAACUUGGAUUAAAUAAAUUGAAAAUAUUUUCAA